GGAAAGAGAGAUAGAGAGAGAGGGCACACGGCAGCGCGACCAGAAUACAGAGCAGGCCGAGAUGAUGUGGAAGACCUGGAGCGUGGCGGAGGUCACAUGAUCUCCACCGAUGACCUGGAGUACCCGCGUGAAUAUCGCACGCUGGGAAACAGCACGCGACGCUUCUCCAACGUGGGGUUGGUCCACACCUCUGAACACCGGCACACGGUCAUCGCCGCCCAGAGCCUGGAGGCCCUCACCAACCUGCACAAGGCCGACAUGGAACGCAAGCGGGACGCAUUCAUGGACCACCUGAAGAACAAGUACCCUCCUCAGCACUCCCUACCACCCUCUCCAUCCCCCUCGCAUGGCAGCAUGAGGGGCACCGCAGAGAGAAGCGCACGUGAACAGCAACAGCCAAACUACUGGAGCUUUAAGAGCCGUAGUCCAUGUCACUCCCAGUCCACUCAGUCAGGUUUGGCAGACCAGGCGUCUAAACUGUCCUUCGCAUCUGCUGAGUCUCUGGAGACCAUGUCUGAGGCCGACAUGCCGCUGGGCUUCAACCGCAUGAACCGUUUCCGUCAGAGCCUCCCACUCUCCCGCUCUGCAAGCCAGAAUAAACUACGCUCUCCAGGUGUCCUUUUUCUGCAGUUUGGAGAUGAGACCAGACGUGUUCAUAUCACUCACGAGCUCAACAGUUUGGAGACCUUGCACGCACUCAUCGUGCAUAUGUUCCCUCAGAAGCUGACAGCGGGAAUGCUGAAGUCCCCAAACACGGCCAUCUUGAUCAAAGACGAAGCGAGGAACGUUUUCUACGAGCUGGAGGACGUGAGGGACAUACAGGACCGCAGUAUCAUUAAAAUCUAUCGCAAAGAGCCCAUCUAUGCCUCCUAUCCUGCGGCACAUCUGGCCAACGGAGACCUCAGGAGAGAGAUGGUUUAUUCAUCCCGGGACUCCUCACCUACCUGUCGUCUCAACACUCUCCCUUCCUCCUCUGCCUCGCCCUCCUCUGGUUCUCCUUCCCGAUCCCGUCUCUCCUACAGUGGAGGUCGGCCCCCCUCUUUUGCUGGUCCGGGUCACCCUCACCCACAGGGUCUCCAGCAUCCGUCCCACUCCCACCACCCUUCGCCCUCUCACGGACAGACUCAAGGCCUAACCACCUCCUCCUCAGCCAUCCUAGAGCGGCGUGAUGUCAAACCCGAUGAGGAGAUGUCUGGUAAAAGCACGGUCCUCCUGAAGAACGAAGGUCUUUAUGCUGAUCCGUACAGCUUGAUGCACGAGGGUCGGCUUAGUAUCGCUUCUACUCAGUCCCUGGCCACCAUCGCCGACCCCUUUGGCUUCCCAGUGUCAGGAGGUCUGUACAGCAGAGGUUCGGUGCGUUCUCUCAGUACAUACUCAGCUGCAGCACUGCAAAACGACCUGGAGGACAGUCUGUAUAAGCCUGGAGGUUCUCUAUACUCCGAUACCUACAGCAGCUCCACGCUCGGCAUGGGCUUUCGUCUGCCGCCCUCCUCCCCGCAGAAAAUUCCCGACGUACAGCUGCGUGACAGGGAAUCGUUCACUGGGUCUCCCAGCCGAGGGUCGCCUGUGAGAACCACCUUCCGCAAAGACUCUACUUCCUCUUCCGUGUUUGUGGAGAGUCCGAAGUCCAGACCCAGCUCCAGUUCUGAACCCCUAGGAGAUGGGAGUAAGGGACCUGGAUUUGGGUCGUCAUUGUCUGGGCCCGAGACGGACACACGCAGGGAUCGUAUGGAGGCAAUGGAGAAGCAGAUAGCCAGUCUGACUGGACUGGUUCAGAGCGUCCUAACCCGAGCACCAGACAGCGACAGCACAUGCGGCCUGCUGCGUCUCUGCAUGAUGGCGGGCUGCCCUCCGGACCAGGGGGCGGACUUUUCACGGCCCUUCCCUUUCUCUUCCAGCGAGAAGACCGAAUCCACCAGUGACGGCUCCGCCACAGGAACGCUGACUCCAUCUGCUCCGCUGGCACUGAUGCCUCCGCCUUCAUCUGGAGGCUCUCAGGCCUCCACCGUCUCCAGGCUACAGAUGCAGCUUCACCUGCAUGACCUACAACAGAACGCCACCGAUCUGCGCAAACAGCUCGCACAGCUUCGUAAGAUGCAGCUGCAGAACCAGGACUCCAUACUCAGUCUGCUGAAGAGGACCGAGACAGAGCUGAGUCUCCGUCUAUCAGAUGCGCUGAGGAAACAGGAAGACCCUCUCCAGAGACAGCGUCUCCUAGUGGAAGAGGAGAGACUCAAGUACCUGAACGAGGAGGAACUCAUCAUACAGCAACUGCAUGAUCUGGAAAAGUCAGUGGAGGAAAUCCAGAAGGAGAUGUCUGUCAAUCACCGACAUGUGACAGUGCAGGAGCUGGAGGAGAAAAUCUCGCUGCUGAGGAAACUGGGAGAGACUCUUACAGAGCUGAAGAAUCUUUUCCCAGGGCUCCAGAGUAAAAUGCGUGUGGUGUUACGAGUGGAAGUGGAAGCUGUGAAAUUCCUGAAAGAGGAGCCACACAGACUGGACGCCCUGCUUAAACGCUGCAAAUCUAUCACAGACACUCUCUCCACGCUGAGGAGGCAGGUGAAUGAAGGAGUGUGGAAGACCCAGGAUGAGUAUUCCAGCCCCUCCCCUAAACUCGGAGGAGGGGAUGAGUACAGGAAGAACCCAGACUUCGACAUUCCAACCAGCCCACCGCUAAGCCUCAAUGAGACCAGCCUGGCUAACUGGAGCCCUCACUCUGGUCAAAGACACAGCCACUCGAACCCUUCUAGUGCACAGCGUGAGAAAGAUUCUCAUGGGGUGGUGGGCUCGUUGAAGGGACGGGAGCUAGGCGAGCUGGGAGGUCGAGGCGGGUCUGAUAAGGCCUCAUCUGUGGAAGUGAGACUGGCAGCAGAGCGGGAUUGGGAAGAAAAGAGGGCCAGUCUGACGCAGUAUAGUGCUCAGGACAUUAAUCGACUGUUGGAGGAGACUCAGGCUGAGCUCAUGAAGGCCAUUCCUGACUUGGACUUUGCUGCCAAGCAGAUCAGACCUGCUCAGAACCAGAUUCAAAACCAAAACCAGAGCCCGAGUCCAUCUAACACCAAUGCCACACCUGAACACAAGCCUAAUAAACCUCAGAAUAAACUUUCCAGUAAAGAUAGCGGAUCUAGACGAGGCUCAGAUGAACUGACGGUGGCAAGGUAUCGAACGGAGAAGCCCGCAAAAUGCCCCCCUCCUCCACCUCCCCGCCGGAGUUUCCCCUCCUCCCCUGGGCUUACUACACGCAGCGGAGAGAUGAUCAUUCCUGGAAAGAGUAUAAAGAAGUCAGAAUCAGAGGAGACCGAGUCUCAGAAGCCACACGUUAAGCUGAGGAGGAGUGUAUCCGAAGCCCCCCGACCGGCCUCCACCCCUCCAACCAUUGCUGGUGGAGAGCGAGAGGAGGGUGCAGAGGAGAGGUUAGCAGCUGAGCUGGAGAUGCAGCACGGGAUGUCCUCCACUCCAGUUCCCCAGAUAGUCUUAACUGAGUGUAACUCUCUCCCCACAUCCCCUUCUGAGGACUCAGCAGAGAUCCGGCCGUCUGACAGCAUGCAGACAAUUAAAGACAAUAACACUGGAAAUGACAUCAGAGUAAGUUACUUCAGCCACAUUGUGAGGACUCCCCAUCUGUCGCUAUGGAAACAAGACUUGUCAGCCAGCCAAAAAGUCACUCGGAUACAAGACUUGGAUGCAGCCCAGAGGGAGCUCCAGAGCCCUGUCCAGGAUGUGACCCAGUCGUGCCCGCCUUUAACAAGCAAGAGAGCAAUUAAACAGCCCCUGAGGAGGGAGCCAAGGGUUCAGGAGUCUCUCGAGGCGGCGACAGAAACGAAAGAAGAGCGAAUGAGAAAGUCAGACACUACAAUGUCUGUCUCGCCGCAAAAAGGGCCUGUAGAGACAUCUCAAGUGGGUUUGAGCCGCACUCAAGGUGUUGGAGGGGAAAAGGAAGACAUCUGCCACAGCACAUACCGUCGUCUGGACAGUCUGGAGGAGACCAUCCGUGAGCUGGAGCUCAGCCUGAUGGAGUUCAGCACUGAUCCUCACAUGGGGAACAUCUUCCCAGCAUCCAUCCAGGCGCAGAGUUCCUCCACCAAGAGAUCUGGCAGCACUCGACAUACAGCACAGACCCCUGCAGACGGAGGAGACACAAACAAACCUGCUGUCCCACCCAAACCAUCCUGCAUCAGCACAUCCACAGCAAAGACUGGUGGUAGAAAAGUGUUGUCUCGUCUCAAGCACCUGCAGCAAAGUGGAUCAGAAAAGAGCAAAACAAGCAAACAGAGAGAGGACUUCCUUAAGAACCAGGGUCAACAGCAGGCUCUAAGUCUGAACAUCAGCAGAGCCAGAGCAACCGAGUCGCUCCUCGCAAGCACCAGAGCCGCUAGCUUCUCUGGCCACCUGCCCUCCAGAUUGCGAAAGUACUCCCAGGAGGGGGCGCUGUCCUCCUUGACUGCCUCCUCCAACCAGGCCAAAGCGCUUCUUGCUAGCCUCUCUGCAUCCAGUCUCUCGGCAGAGGCCCUCCUGCUCUCGUCCACCUUAAGACAGCAUCGGUUACUCAGAGAGCCGAACUUCAACUCCUCAAGCCUUCCUCUUCCCAUCUCCAACGGCCGCUCCCCUCCCUCUCCGACUUCACCUACUUUCUCUUCCAUAACCUCAACCUCAUCACCUUCUGCUCUCACCUCACUGAGUCUGUCCUCGCUGGUCCUGAAACCCUCCGUCGCCGGAAGCUUGGAGUUUGUCAAGGAGCGGAACAAGACUGAACCCAAGACGGUGACUCUGGAUGACAGUGAUUAAGGAGGAUGUGGCUGGAAAUGUUCCAUGUAUAGGAUGCGGACAGCACAAGUAGAUGAAUUGAAAUACGACUAACCUAAAAGUUUUUUUGGAGGCUUAGUUUCUAUAGUGUUUUGUUUCCAAUCCUUUCCCUGGCUAUCCUUACCAAGACGCCUUGCGGAGAAUGGUGACGUAGUGCACGGAGGCAUAGUGCAGCAUUUUGCGUCAUAGGUUCACUUAUCUUCAGUUUGUGAACAGAUCCAAACUGUAAACCCUACCUACUCUGCAUUUCUGCCAGUUCCUCAAACUAGAGAACCAACAGAUGGGCUUGGACACUCACCACCAGCCUGUUUCCAGCUCCACUGCACAGCCAGCAUCACACCACCCACGGGAGGCCUGGGGAAGGACUCUUUACCCAAACCCUCAUUCAUUUGCCAAAUCUCACAUGUUGGAGGUCUAGCUGAGUUCGGUAGAUGUGUCCAUCAAGUGUAAAAUCAAGACUGUAAGACUAUGUAAAACCAAGUAGAGUUGCAAUAAUCGAAAGUGAGUACUGUAGUAGUCGGUGUUUGUUGAGACGUUUUAUUGCUCAUAUCUAUAUUAACAAAAAGAAUGUUAAAAAAUAACAGCAAAACCUUAAUGUGGAGGCAGUGUCGCUCGUUCUAAUGUAGAUUUUGGCUAUCAGGCGUACUGCUAAAGGAAAAUAACUGAAAUUGGUGCUAUGAUUAACAUUUUGAUGAUUAUAAACUCCCUUAAAGGGAUAGUUCAUCCAAAAAUGAACAUUCUGUCAUGACUUACUCAUUCUUAUAUUGUUGCGAACUGAAUGACAUACUUUUUGAAAAAUGUCUUGGUUUAUUGUCUAUACAAUGGAAGUCAGUCGGGUCUAACAAUGUUUUGGACCCCGCUGACUUAAAUUGUGUGAACAAAAACAUUCUUCAAAGUAUCUUCUUUUGUAUUCUACAGAAGAAAGCAAUUCAUGCAGAAUUUUCAUUUUCAGAAGAACUUUCCCUUACACAUACACUGCCUAAGAGUCUAUUUUUGUUCUCAUUUGCACUCAAAUAGGUCUUCAUACAGCCAUUUUACAUGUUUGCUGUAACUUAGCACAAGUUGUCAUGGCAACAGGGGAAUUGUGAGAAAGUGGAGGGCUGCCUACUUUUUAGAUCACUUAUUAUGGCAUGGGGUUGUUAGGCUGUUGUUUUCUUAACAGUCACAGUUUUCCUACGUAAGGAUAUAUUUAGGAUACUUCCCUCUUCUUGUCAUUAAAGAAGCACAACAAGUUUUAGAAGCUAGAGAAAGUACAAUGAUCUGACAAUCAUCAAACAUUCGGCACAAGCUGUCUUAACCUUUGGGCCUCCCAGAUUGUGAAGCUGAAUUCCAAUUUAAAAUGAACAAACAGAUGGUUAGGUUCACCGUGUAGGGGUUGCACAAGCAAGAAGACUGAGGGUAAUUCCACAGCAUGUAUGCCAGUGGACGUGAUCCAUCGAGUAGAAGACAUCUGUGUGGUAGAGCAUUCCAACUCAUCCUUUCUCCUAAUGAGCCAGUCAAACCCUCCGCUUACUUUUCUGUCAAACCACAGACACUUAGAUUUAAUAUCAUUUUUAUAAGGUAAUUGUGUGCCGGUUUAUGAUUACCUAGAAUGGUGAUAUAAAUAUGAAUAUCACAUCCUUUCUCUGGUUUCAUUGCUCUCCACAGACAUAAUACUGAAAUGCAAGAGCAUAAUUUUAUUUAUUUAUUUUUUGGUCAUUGAGGCUCUGGUUAUGCCCACCCAUCUGCUUUUCUCAUUCCAGUCCUUAUAACGCACAAGCACACACAAAGAUUUUUUUUUUUCCUUCUCACUAGGGUAUUCCUAUGUUGUGAAUUUGUCAAUGCCACAACCUGCAGGUUUUCUCAUGAGCCCAGAGAAUUUAAAUGUGAAAAGGUGAGUGAGAGUGGAAUAGAAUCAGAUGAAUAGAGCAAGAGGGGAGAUUUUUCCAGCUUUCUGGUGAAACGAAUGUGUGAAAUUGAUUGCUUGUGGUACGGGGUUUAAAAUAAUGGCUUAAGCUCUAGGUCGACGUCAAGAGUAAAUGGCCAGAGGAGAGAUUAGUGGUGUUAGUCCGUGUCUCGCAGCCAAAUCGGCUUGUAAUUCAUGUCCAAAAUGUAUAAUGACACACGUGGGAGGUGCUGCGAGAGGCAAAAAGGUCAAGCUUAGGCUGUUACAUGCAUGGAAACUCCUUAAUUUAAGCUAUGGCUUGACUAUGGUGUUGUUUAAAUUUAACAUCUGUGAUUGAACACAAAGCUUUAUUUUUAAUUCAUGCCUGGAUCUGCUAGUUAUACAAAAAGUUCAGCAACUCAAUGGUGGUUUGCAAAUUCCUUCAAAUUACAUUUG